GAUCAGUAAGGAAAAAACGUGUGGUGAGAGAAACAGAGAAUUGAAAAGAAAUAUUUUUCCAAAAGCAUUACCGUAUUUCACUUGUUCUUCAUUUUCGGUAACCCAAAAUCGUCCCGAUUAUUCACCGAAACACAAAACCGAUUUCAUAUCUUUGAAGUUCGUUGAGUCCAGGUCACAAAUAUCCAAGGUUCAUUUCAUUCCGGCAUCGUUUCACCGAUCAAAAGCGACGUUGAAGUCAGGUACUCACGAAGGCAGCCAGCAUUGCGUCGGUGACGGUUUCCAGCUUUCGGUCGAUCAUUUGGACGAUCAGAAGUUCAUCCUCUUCACACAAGGAAACAUGGAUUUUGGACAGAGAAGUGUGAAAAAGUACAAUCUCAUCAAUCCAAAGAUAGAUGAACUAAAGAAACUGGUUUCUUCGAUCGCAGAUCCUAUUGGUUUCAGAGACAGAUAUGGGGCACUUAUAUCUUUAUUGACACUUAGGAUGGAAGAAGGGUUAUUGCAGACAUUAGUACAGUUCUAUGAUCCAGUCUAUCACUGUUUCACAUUCCCAGACUAUCAACUCGUGCCUACAUUGGAAGAGUAUGCCCAGUUGCUUCACAUCCCAGUUGCUGAUACAGUACCUUUCUCUAGUUCAGAAAAGUUACCCGAGCACAGUUCUCUUGCAAAAGUGUUGUACAUGAAGAAGUCAGAAUUCAAGAAUAACUUCACCAUCAAAGGAGGACUUCCAGGUUUCACUGCCAAGUUCUUAAUGGGGAAGGUUUCUUAUUUUGCCAGUCAAGGUUGUGAUAUUAUUGUGGAGCAUCUGUUGGCCUUGUUGAUCUACGGUUUGUUACUAUUUCCUAAUAUUGAAGGUUUUGUGGAUUCAUAUGCUAUACGCAUCUUCCUAAGUGGUAAUCCUGUUCCAACUUUGCUCGGAGACACCUAUCAUUCCAUCCAUUACCGUACUUUGAAGGGAGGAGGAACCAUAGUCUGCUGUAUACCGUUACUCUAGAAAUGGUUUGUCUCUCAUCUUCCUAAGUCAGCUACUUUUUGGGAUCGCAAGUCAGGACUUCAGUGGUCACAGAGGAUUAUGUCUCUUACCCAGUCAGAUAUUGCAUGGUAUAGUAGAGUUUUAGACGAUGUGAAGAUCAUUGAUAGUUGCGUGGAGUUCCCCAAUGUGCCCCUCAUGGGCACAAAGGGAAUCAUUUCUUAUAAUCCAGUACUUGCUAGGAGACAACUCGGUUACCCUAUGAAGGACAAGCCUCCUAACAUUCUUUUAGAAGGUAUUUUCUUGAGGGAUAACGAGGAGGACCCUACCAUGAAAGAGAGAGUAGUAAGAGCUUGGCAUCGUGUUUGUCGCAAAGGGAGACUUGAAUUGGGUAAGAAAGAUUGUACCUCCUAUGAGCCGUACCUCCAGUGGAUCAGAGCCAGAGCUAUACAGUUGAAAAUGCCAUACCCACAUCAUAAUCCUAUCAAACCCGCUCCGUUGAAGACCCCCUACCUUCCGCUAGAUGACAAAGAAGAACUCCAAGCCACCUUGGAGAGGGUCGAGAAAGAGAGAGACGCUUGGAAGGAUAAGGCCCAGGUGCUCGAAAUGGAAAAUGAAGAACUUCAGAGACAGUUAAAGGAGCAGAGUGGAGAAGAUC